ACAGACGUGAAAGCGAAAUGUGCACUAGUCAUUGCGAAAAGAGUAGUCUGUUACGAGGCUAUAAAUGAUUGGACUUACCAUUUUAUGCAAGUUCCUCCCCAUAUGGUUAACUAUUUUGCUGCUACUCCGAUGAAUUCAGUGUAUUGUGGUGAGUAG